AGUUUGUUCUUCCAACAACAGUUCGUCUGUCGCAAGUUUGUCAAACGAGGUUCGUGUCCGCGUAUGCUUGUUUCUGUCGAGUUUUGAUAAAUCUGGUUUGUGUUGGUAUGAAGUUAAGUUGUGCCUGUGAAUCUUGAUUAGCUACGCACAUGUCUGUGUGAAAUAUCAAAGUGGUAGUUUGUUUUUGUACUUCGACGAACGAGGUAAUGUGGGUGACAGUGCUUUGUUGUGCCGUUUCAGUGUAAACAUGGGGAGUACUCAGAGUUCGAAAGUUGAAAAUCCUCCUCUUCCAGUUGAGUACCCAAGAACUAACAAUGUUAGGGCCAGCAUACGAUCGGCAAGAGUGCCAAUGCCAGACCAGAAUGAACUUGAGAGAAGGUUCAACAAAGUUUUGGCCUCCAUGGACCUUCCUCCUGACAAAGCCAGGGUCCUCAGGCAAUACGAUGACGAGAAGAAGUGGGAUAUCAUCUGUGAUCAGGAGAGAGUACAAGCCAAGGACCCACCGGCCCACUAUCUCAACAAACUGCGGACAUACUUGGACCCCACGGCAUCUCGGAGCUCUAGGAAACGAAAGAUAGUUGGGGACGCAACAUCUACACAAGUCCUGAAAGAUUUGGAAAUUUCUCUGAGGACUAACCACAUAGAAUGGGUGCGAGAGUUCCUCAACGAACACAAUCAAGGACUGAAUUCGCUUGUGGACUACCUGAGCUUCCGACUAAUCAUGUUACGGCACGAGCAAGAGUCCCGAUCACCAUCCGAGGAGAGAAUCAACGCUUCUAUCAACGGCAGUGCCGGUGCUGGAGUGUGUUCUCUACUGUCAGCCACUCUACCCAGCAGCCACUGUCGGACGCCGCUCGAGCCACUCGACUCCCCCGACGUGCGGAAACGCUCGCGUCACGCAGCCAGACUACGGAUGGGCGACCCUCGAGAUGACAUUCACGUCUGCAUCAUGUGUCUGCGGGCAAUCAUGAACAACAAGUACGGAUUCAAUAUGGUGAUACAGCACACGGAAGCAAUAAACAGCAUCGCCCUUAGUCUGAUACAUAAGAGCUUGAGGACAAAAGCUCUGGUUCUGGAGCUGUUGGCGGCCAUCUGUCUAGUCAAAGGAGGACACGAGAUCAUCUUGUCCGCCUUUGACAACUUCAAGGAGGUCUGCCAUGAGAAGAGACGCUUCCAGACACUCAUGGAGUACUUCAUCAACUAUGAAGUGUUUCACAUUGAGUUCAUGGUGGCGUGCAUGCAGUUCAUCAACAUCAUUGUCCAUUCCGUGGAAGACAUGAACUACAGGGUACAUCUCCAGUACGAGUUUACCAAACUGGGCCUGGACGAGUACCUGGAGAGGUUGCGCAACACGGAGAGCGAAGAUCUCAAGGUAUACAUUGUAGGGGGUCCCCUUACGUCGAAAAUGCUGGAACACUUCUUUAACACUCCGGUACAAUUCUCUGCUUACCUAGACAAUGUGUUUGAUGUGGCCGCUCUCAUGGAAGACAGUGAGACGAAAACCACAGCGUUGGAGAGGGUUGCCGAGCUCGAGGAUGAAGUUAGCCAUGCUCAUGACAGGCUGGCAGAGAUGGAGAGGGAGAGCCUGGCGCAGUUGGCCACACUGGAGGCGGCGCUGGGGGCGGCCAGGUCAGAGCUGGAGGAGGUCAACGAGGGACGGCGCAAGGUGGAGGAAGAGGUACAUACCCUGAGGAAACAGGUCCACUCCCAGAGCAGACAGUCCAGCAUGCUGGAGGACAAGAUACAGGAGCUCAUCUCCAGGACAUCUCCUGACUCUGGUGUCAGCAGUGCUCUGUCGUCUUGUUCGACAUCUUCCACCAGUUCCUGCAAUAGCAACUCCACCCCUGCCCCGCCACCCCCACCAGCAGUCAUUUCACCGCCUCCCCCUCCCCCACCACCUUGUAAAGCCUUCUCCCCACCUGCCCCGCCACCACCUGUCGGCAUGAUGCUGCCACCCGGGGAUGCUACGACCAUCAAACGCAAAGUCCAGACCAAAUACAAGCUGCCUUCGCUCAACUGGAUCGCACUCAAACCAAACCAGGUGCGUGGAACGCUGUUCAACGAGUUGGACGAUGACAAGUUGUACAAGGUAAUAGACUUUGCGGAGUUCGAAGAGAUGUUCAAGCUGCCUGGCAGCGGCGGCAACAUGCUGACCAACGGUUCUCACGAGGUGGACGGGCUCGGGCUGUCGUCACAAGCAAGCAAGCGGUUCAAGAAACCAGAGACUGUCUCGCUGUUGGAGCACACUAGGCUGAGAAAUAUCGCCAUCUCUAGGCGGAAGAUAGAGAUGCCAGUUGAUAAAGUGAUUGCAGCCGUUAACGCUCUAGAUUUGAAACAAGUUUCUCUGGAAAACGUCGAACUGCUUCAACGAAUGGUUCCCACCGAUCAAGAAGCCAAGGCGUACCGGGAGUACCAGCUGGAGAAGAAGGACAUUUGCUUGUUGACUGAGGAGGACAGGUUCCUUAUGCAGCUUACUAGGGUGGAGCGGCUGUCCAGCAAACUGGCCAUCAUGGCGUACAUGGGCAACUUCCUGGACAAUGUGCAUCUAAUUACUCCGCAAGUGCAUGCAAUCAUCUCAGCCUCAUCGUCAGUACGAACAUCGCAGAAGCUGCGGCGAGUGCUUGAAGUUGUUCUGGCUUUUGGCAACUACCUCAACAGCGCCAAGCGAGGACCAGCCUACGGCUUUAAGCUGCAGUCGCUAGACACAUUAGGUGACACAAAGAGCAGUGACAAGCGAUGCUCCUUGCUGCAUUUCAUCGUAGACACCAUCAGAGAGAAGUUCCCGGAGCUGCGGAACUUUGACACAGAACUGCUGCAUGUCGACAAGGCAGCCAUGGCGUCACUCGAGACAAUAGUGGCGGAUGUGGCAGAGCUGGAGAAAGGCAUGGAGGCUGUGCGCAAGGAGUGCAGCAAGGAGCGUGCCAACGCCACGGUGCUCACCGACUUCCUCACAAACUCGGAGGAGAAACUGAAGAGGCUCAAGGCGGAGACCAAGCUUGCGCAGGACAACUUCAAGGAGUGUCUCGAGUACUUCGGAGAGUCCACUCGCACAUCGGACGCCAACACGUUCUUCUUACUGUUCGUCAGGUUCAUCCGUGCGUUCAAGGCGGCAGAACAAGAGAACGAACAGAGGCGGAGGCUAGAAAUGGCCGCUGCUCAGUCCAUGCAGAACAACAAUUCCGAAGAAGUCAUCAAACGUAACAAGCUCAAUCAGAAAAGACAGCAGGACGCAGUGAUCAGCGAGCUGAAGACCAAGUCUCGUCUGGUACAGGAGAAGAAGCUGUUGCACCAGGACGAGGUGUACAACGGUGCCUUGGAGGACAUACUGUUGGGACUGAAGAGCGAGCCGUACCGUCGGGCGGACGCGGUGAGACGCAGCCAACGGAGACGGAUAGACAGCAACCGGCUCAGUCGCACACAGGACGAGCUCGAGAUAUGAGAUAGAUGAGCUUGAUGUCGAUUGAAUCCAAAACGAGAGACGGACGUGCCUUCACAGCCUAUCUUGCCUUUUGAAAAGACUGCUGAAUUAUCUACGCACAUUCCAAGCACAACUCAAGUUUUAUACAAGUAGUCUUGUUUGUCCAAUUGUGACAGUCUAACAUUUUAGACUUGAUUACUUCACUAUUUGUGACGUACACUUUUUAAUCUACCGGUAUAUUGUGUUUACCAUUUAAGCACUGCAAUAAUCUUUUGAUUAUGGCGUAAAGUUAUGUACAAAUUUUGUGCAAUUGAUUCACAGUGGACAAAUUAAUAUACUUGGCUUGAAAAGUAUCUUAUGUAUUAGGCUUAAUAUUAGAGCUUAUAAAAUUUUGUAUUCAUAAACUUUUUUACAACUUAACAACGCACAAUUGAAACUAUUGAAUGAAACGAAUAAGAAUAAGCAGAAGGCCUUAGUGCACAGUAUUUUUUUUUUCAAAAAACAUAUUAUUGUACAUAUUUGGGAUAUAUUUUUUUACGGAAGGUAGUUUUAAAUACUAACCUUGAAAUUUACUAAUAAUUAUAAAUAAGAAUAUGCAUAAGGCAUUUUACACAGUAUUUUUCAAAACAAGAAAGAUAUUUUUGCAUAUAUUAGGCAUAUAUUUUUACUGAAGACAAUUUUAAAUUAAAAAUUUUGAUGCUUUAUUUUAUUACAGGUUACCAAAGAGAAAUAUGUUUUAUAACUCGUUUUUAGUAACUUUUUGGCUAAUUAUGUAUCUUAAACUGAUUUCUAACUAUAAUAUUUGAACUUGCUAGUAAUGCCUAAAUAAACAGAUCUGAAUGGGAUAUUUUAGAUCUAUGAAGACAUGAUCUUAUUCGCUUUGCCUUAUAACAACUAUUGUUAGAGAGACCUAUUUAACAACAUAAAUUAGUGUUAAUUUAAGUUUUGUUGGUUAAGUUACUCCAUGUGAAGUACUUUAUAAGUAAAUAUUUCUUUCAAUAGAAUGAAUGACUUAAGUCCGACAAGGACUUUGAAUGUAGGUCUAAUAAUGCUUUAAUCAUUCAUUUAACGAUUUUUUUAAAUACAGUUCUCACAAACUUUGUCAAUUAAAGAGCUGUCAUAAUUGUUUAUAUUUGCAUUUGGAAGUACACAUUCCACAACUUUGUACAAAUGUACUAUAUUGGAUUAAGUUACCUGGGCUCCUUUUGAUGCCAUGCAUUCAUUUCAUUAGACAAUGAAUCUCAUAUUUACUUGAUUGAUUUGUAAUAAGUGACGCUUGUUGCACAAUGAUCUUAUAGCAAUUUUGUAGUAUAGAUUUAUAAUAGUUAUUCAUGUAGAAUUGCUUUAAAUAUUUAUUUCUAAGGUGCUAUUCCGAGUUGUAUUCCAAUUUGUAAUUUGUUGCCAAAAGAGAGAUUAUGAAUUUAAUUUAUACAUAAUAAAAAGCGUUGUAACAUGACAUGAUUUUCAAACUUUCAGUUCUAAUCAAAACAGCCAAAUUUUGUAAUUUUUGUACAUUAAGGAUUUGUAUAAAGGCCCAAGUUUAUAGUUUUUAAUAAGAUUAUUUUUGUACAUGUUGUAUAGAUAAAUUGUGAUUUAUAUUUUGUAGUUAUGUAAAUAAGACAUUCCUUAUUAUAUUAUGUUCUUGGCA